UCAAAUCGAGUUUAACUACUAGAAAAUAUAAAAGUAUUGCACUGUAUUUUCAAACUACAGUACUCACAGUGGUAACCAACAGUGGUUUCUUCACUUGAAGGAUCUGGCAACCGCUUGACGUCUUUGACUGUAUCGAUCCAGAAGUUGAGUCAGAUGCAAAACUGAUGGGUAUGACGGAUGUCGGACGAAUGAGCCUAGGUCCUUGCUGAAUUAAUAAAUAGAAAUACAAGAUUUAAUGGAACAAGAAAAAUCUGUUUGUGGCGCAGACCACUCUUCAACGCACUAACUGGACGCAAAAUUACAGAAAAAGCUUCUCUGUGCAGCGAAAAUCUGCGUUUACACAGAUUUCUUCACCACGUAGGUUUUUCAGCAACUGAAGGACACGAAAAAUCCAUUUAUGUAAUCUAUGUUUCCAUUCAAAUAUAUCCUUUCCCAGAUAAAUUGCGCUUACGGCUUAGCAACUCACACGGAUUUCCUUUGACAUUUCAGAACACAUUCGUAACGCUAUCAUGGAACGAUAUAAUUUAUAACGCCUUUUCAGCAUUCGCGGAGGACGAUAACUGCACGAAAACAGAUCAUUCGAUGUCCACUACAAAUUUCCUUUUGCGGCGGUUUCACGUAAACUGCAGUACUAACCACGACAUUAGCUGGAACGGGGACGACAACAGGUGACGGUGCUUGACUCUGCGGUUUCGGCCUGGGAGCAACGAUGAACUUCAAGAUCUUGGGAAAUUUGUCACAGAUGGGAUGAAUCUUUUCACCAACUGUGGCCUUGUGCCAGCAUCCGUGGAAACAUUACCGGGAUUAGCUGAAGAGGAUGCAAGUGGGACGGCAAUGAACUUAGCAUUAUUCAGCGUAACCAUACUUCCAGAUACCGGAGUAGUUCUUGUAAGGGCAUCAGAACUAAUCCUGAUCAUCUUCGCAUUUGCGUGAGUCUGAAAAAAUAACAUGAACAUCAUGAUACGAAGCCCACAUAAGCGUUACGAUUGUUCUUACGGGACCAACGACGACUGCUUUUCUUCGUGGUGACACUGCCGACGAGAAACUGGACUGCUUCGAUUCCAAGGAAACCAUAAACGGGCCAGCUGCUCUGACAGAAGGUUGCGUUGCUCCUGCUUGUGAUGUUUCCGACGAAGCAUGCGAAUGACCAGCACUGUUGAGGGGUUUAACCUCCGGAACACGAGACUCUACAGUCGACGUCAUUAGGUUCGAAUCGAUGCAGAAGUCUUCAAUGGACGUCGAAUCGAGAUCCGCCAAAGAAUCGAAAAAUGACGAUGAACGUAUGUCGAUGAAAUCGGCUGGCGGCCGCUCCAUCUUUUACGCACUGUUAAUUGAUUGAACACUUCGGUGGAAGUUCGGAAAUGGAAGAGCUCCUCAAGACGGAUAACGUCUUCUUGUUCAUUCCCAAUUUGAUCGGCUAUGCACGAAUUGGCGCCAGUCUUCUUGCAUGCCUGACUAUGCGAUAUACUCACACAGUCACGUUGUUCCUAUACUUCGUGAGUGCGAUUCUGGAUGCCGCGGAUGGUCACGCUGCGAGGGCGCUAAACCAAUCGACGAAGUUCGGUGCGAUGUUGGAUCAGUUGGUCGAUAGGUGUGCUACCUUGACGCUCUUGAUAUGCCUGGCCAAUUUCUACCCUGGUCAAACAAUAUUUUUCCAGAUAGCGGCUGUCAUUGAUAUAUCUUGCCAUUGGAUUCAUCUACACGCUACCGUAAUGAAAGGCAGAUCUUCUCAUAAAGACUCGGACUCCAACGAGAAUCCUCUGCUGAAGUUGUAUUACACCAACAAGACGGUAUUGUUCUUCAUGUGUGCUGGGAACGAGACGUUUUACAUGUUGUGCUAUGCAUACCAUUUCACGUCGGGUCCAUCAUGGAUUUUCCCGGGAGGCGUGAUUCCAGUCUUCAUAUUCCUUCUGCUUCCGGUCGCAAUUAUGAAGCUGGUCCUCGCUGUUCUUCAAGGACUUGCAGCUGCUCGAACCCUUGCUUCAAUCGAUGUUGAGGACCGUGCCAAAGUUGAGAAAGUCAAAUGAUCGCAUCUUCCUGAGUAUUCCGUCGUUGGCGGAACCAGUCAAGGAUUCCCAACCAUCUCAUUCCAUUAUUGUUAUUUUUAAGAACCAGCUGUUAAUCCGCAAGAAAUUCAUGUGUAUGAAUUCAAACUAUAGAGUGGCAAAUGCGGGUGCUACACAAGAUCUCUACACGUGUGUGAAUAUGGGAAUGAUUAUUAUUGUUGGUUUUACGGAAGGUAUUUUUCGCCCGCGAGCUUUCGGUGUCUCCCCGUGGAAUCGGUGGUGUCCUGUUGGUAUGAUUUUCUGGUGGCUUUUUUUUUGUUUUUGAGUUCGGAAUUUUCAUUGAUUAAAUUCAAGCGAGGUGCACUCGAAUGUCAGGCUGUAGAGCCCGUGGGCUGUUUAUGGACUGAUCAAAAAGGUUGAUUCACUGCUAGUGUCAAUUCAUUGAGGCUCCAAGUCUACUGUAUUCUCGUACAUGUACCGUUGAAGUGAACACCGAAAAUGUUGUUGAAAACUUGGGCAUUACGCAAGGAAUAUUGCGGACCUUAUCCUUCCAAAGAAUGUCGAAGCUGUAUUUAUUUAUGCUUUUUCAGAAACGAAUUUAAUCUGGGCUAAGCGAUGGUGAAUGUCUGGACUAGAUAGUUCGGUUUUUCGUUAUUUCAAUAUUUUCAAAGUCGUUCCGUUACUGGUGAAAAGUUGACCGCCGUGAAAUACUCUGGCAACCUUGACGCUAGAAUAUCGCAACUGAAUUUUCGGUGUGGUUGUGAAAUUCGUUCAUUGAAAUUCGAGAACCUUGGUAAGGGAGAACUCGGUUCACUGCUUUGCGUUGCAUUUUUGGUGGGUGCUUUCGCAAUGCAGGUUCAAUUAAUCAUAGUGAAUUAUAUGGAUCUUAUUUGAGCGGCAGUUUUUCUCAAGUUCGUCACGGAAGAAAAGCGCCC